ACAGUUACCGGCUCCUGUUGCCCACCGGAACGCAAAGAGAGAGGAAGGCGCCAGGCUGGAAACGGAAGAGAGGGCGGGGACGUGUUUGGCAGCGGUACACGCCAUUUCGGUUGCGUUCUUGGUUCAUUUUGUGUCUCGGCGAUGUUUCCUAGAGUCUCGACGUUCCUACCUCUUCGCCUCCUUUCCCGCCACCCUUUGUCCUCUGGAAGCCCGGAGACAUCAGCGGCUGCGAUUAUGCUACUCGCUGCUCGGCACGGAACGGUCAGGAUGAAAAAUAUCCAAAGAUAUUUUGGCACUAACAGCGUGAUCUGUAGCAAGAAAGAUGAGCAGUCUGUUCGAACUGAUGAGACUUCCAAGGAGACUUCAGAGAGCCAAGCCAGUGCAAAGGAAAAUACGAAAAAAGACUUGUUAGACAUUAUUAAGGGCAUGAAAGUUGAAUUAAGCACAGUAAAUGUACAAACAACAAAGCCCCCCAACAGAAGACCACUUAAAAGUUUGGAAGCUACACUUGGCAGGCUUCAAAGAGCUACAGAAUAUACUCCAAAGAAGAGCUUCAACAGUGAUCAACAUUUUGCCAUUCUUGUGUCAUCUAUGCCUUCACCCACUUUCCAUCUCCUACUUGAUGAUGAUUUAUGGCUCUUUAUUUUCAGAACUGAGCCCCUGAGUCCUGAGUUGGUGGCAGCUGCAUCUGCUGUGGCAGAUUCUCUCCCUUUUGACAAGCAAACAACAAAGUCAGAGCUGCUGAGGCAGCUCCAGCAGCAUGAGGAAGAGUCAAGGGCACAGAGAGAUGCAGAGCAAUCUAAAAUUAGUUUCAGUAACAUAAUAUCAGAUAUGAAAGUUGCCAGACGUUCUGCAGCUAGAGUUCGUUCAAGACCGGAGCAUCAGAUUCAAUUUGAUGAUGGCUAUGACAGUUCUCCUGACCAGCAGACCACUGAUCUUAGAAAAAGACUUAGGAAAAACAUAUUCUCGGGGAAAAGACUUCAUAUUUUUGACAUGACAGCAGUUACUAAAGAAGCACCUGAAACAGACGCAUCACCUUCACUGUGGGAUGUGGAAUUUGCUAAGCAGUUAGCCACAGUAGAUGGACAACUCCUUCAGAAUGGGUUUGAAGAGCUGAUCCAGUGGACAAAAGAGGGGAAACUGUGGGAGUUCCCAAUUAACAAUGAAGCAGGUUUUGAUGAUGAUGGUUCAGAAUUUCAUGAACAUAUAUUUCUGGAGAAACACCUGGAGAGCUUUCCAAAACAAGGACCAAUUCGCCACUUCAUGGAGCUGGUGACUUGUGGCCUUUCCAAAAACCCGUAUCUUAGUGUUAAACAGAAGGUUGAGCACAUAGAGUGGUUUAGAAAUUACUUUAAUGAAAAAAAGGACAUUCUUCAAGAAAGUAACAUACAGUUCAAUUAAGACCAUGGAAAUUUUUAUUUCAAACAAUUAGAGAUGGAUAUUACAACUAAAUAAAAUAAUUUUACUAGA